AUGGGGAAGAGAUUCACAGGCAAAGUCGCCAUAGUCACUGCUUCGACGCAGGGAAUCGGCUUCGGCAUAGCCGAGCGCCUCGGCUUGGAAGGCGCCGCCGUCGUUAUCUCCUCGCGCCGGCAAAAUAAUGUUGAUGAAGCAGUGGAAAAGCUCAGGAGCAAAGGAAUUGAAGCUCUGGGAUUAGUGUGUCACGUUUCGAAUGCCCAGCAAAGGAAGGAUAUGAUCGCGAAAACAGUCGCGAAAUACGGUAAAGUUGAUGUAAUCGUAUGCAAUGCUGCUGCCAACCCUGCUGUGAGUGGCAUUCUCGAAACUGAAGAAUCAGUUCUCGACAAACUAUGGGAGAUCAACGUGAAAACCUCUAUUCUUCUACUACAAGUAUCGGCCCCCCAUUUGCACAAAGGCUCGUCGGUCGUGUUUGUUUCGUCUAUAGCUGCUUACCAGCCGCCCCAAGGGCUGGCUAUGUAUGGGGUCACCAAAACAGCCCUUCUUGGCCUCACAAAGGCAACAGCUGAGAUGGCCCCGGACACUCGCGUGAACUGUGUUGCUCCUGGUUUUGUGCCGACCCACUUUGCAUCUUUUCUCACAAAAAAUGAGAGUAUGAGGAAAAGCCUGGAGGAGAAGACACUACUGAACCGGCUCGGGACAACAGGGGACAUGGCUGCAGCAGCUGCUUUUCUUGCUUCGGACGAUGCUUCGUAUAUUACUGGAGAGACUUUGGUGGUUGCUGGUGGAACCCCCUCCAGACUCUAA